AUGCUGGAUCCGAUCGGAUCUGACCGGAUCCGAGCAUCUGACAAAAUCCGAUCGGAUUCCUGGAAACGGAAUUGCAUUGGAAUCCGACUAGAAAAUCCAGGAAAUCCAUGUUUCGGAUCCGACGAGAUCCGACGUGGGAUCCGAGUAUGGGAUUGUUCGACCUGGGAUAUCAUUCUCAAUAGUGAUGUCCGCUGCUUGUUAAAAGAUCUUCGUUUCAUCGGUCACAAUAUGUGA